UUCAGUACAACACUGGACCAUCGCACCAUAUCAAAAUGCAAAUCUCAGUCGGUAUUCUCUUGGCUAUCUUUGGCGCAGUCAGCGCAUCCUAUAAAGGAGGAUAUGGCGGUUACGGAGGUGGAUUAGGAGGAUACGGUGGCGGAUUAGGAGGUUUAGGAGGUGGAUACGGAAUCGGAGGUGGAUACGGAGGAUACGGAAUUGGUGGUGGAUACGGAGGAUAUGGAAUCGGAGGUGGAUAUGGUGGAAUCGGUGGUGGAUACGGAGGAUAUGGAAUCGGAGGUGGAUAUGGAGGAUAUGGAAUCGGAGGUGGAUAUGGUGGAAUCGGAGGUGGAUAUGGUGGAAUCGGCGGUGGAUACGGAGGAUACGGAAAAGCCGUUGUUGUUAAAGUACCAGUAUCUGUAGGAUAUGGUGGUUAUGGUGGUAUCGGAGGUGGAUACGGAGGAUACGGAAUUGGUGGUGGAUACGGAGGAUAUGGAAUCGGAGGUGGAUAUGGUGGAAUCGGCGGUGGAUACGGAGGAUAUGGAAUCGGAGGUGGAUAUGGAGGAUAUGGAAUCGGAGGUGGAUAUGGUGGAAUCGGAGGUGGAUAUGGUGGAAUCGGCGGUGGAUACGGAGGAUACGGAAAAGCCGUUGUUGUUAAAGUACCAGUAUCUGUAGGAUAUGGUGGUUAUGGUGGUAUCGGAGGUGGAUUCGGUGGUGUCGGUGGUGGAUUUGGUGGUGUCGGUGGUGUAAUCGGUGGAAUCGGAGGUGGAUUAGGUGGUAUCGGAGGUGGAGUUGGUGGUGGAUAUGGUGGUUUGAACAGCUAUUCAUAUGGAAAGGGAAAAGGAUAUUAAACGCAGAUUACAAACCUAAACGGACAAAGAUUGAUAAACAUUUUUACAUUUUUGAAAUAAAAUGUAAUUGUUGUAGGGA